AUGAGUCUGGAAUGCCAUCCGGUCUUCACCAAUGUGAUUGAUGAAUCGAUGUAUGGAACAGAUGGGGUGGCCUCUAGAGGGGACAAUGGGGAACAACGAACAAAACCCAAAGUAUCAACACAAUUGUUGUGUGGUCGAGGGGAGCGAGUCCACUUCCAGGGCUCUCUGGCUGAUGCAUCCAGAUGUUCUAGAAUGGCCAAUAGUGCUGACCACUUCGAUCUCGACUCUUCAACUGCUGGUGCUCUGGUGUGGAUGCGCCGGUGUGGAAUUCUGGUGGGUAAGAAACCCGGUUCCUGGCCGACAAAAGGUUAG